AUGGCCGGCCCAGACACCCACAGCAGCUCCCGGAAGAGCGACAAGAUGAACGGCAGAAUACACGGCGAGCCCGACACUCCCAGAUCGCGGAAUCCGCGCCCCAACAAGAAGAAGACGGUGAAGAGUAGCACAUACACGGGCUGGCUGGCUUCUCAGCUGCUCAGAGCUGGAGUGUGGUACGCCAUCAUCACCUUUGCACUGAGAUGUCCGCAGUCAUCACGAGACCUGAAAGACACAUCACCGCAGAUAUGCAAGCCGUAUCUGCAGUUCAGGGAAUACGUCACGCCCUACACACAGCCAUACUAUGACCAGUAUGCGGCACCGUACGUGGAGAAGGUGCAGCCAUACAUCGAUCAGGCCAACGAUAAGGUCUACAAGCCUGCAUCAGCCGUCUACACUCAGUAUGGUGCACCGAGAGUCGCUCAAGCCCAGGAAGUCGGUCAGCAGCAGUGGAAAAAGUCCAUCAAGCCUUCGUUAGAUGUGAUCCAGGAGCAAGCCGGCCAGCAGUACCAGACCAUCCUCGCACCCCACGUCAAGAAGGCCCAGGACACCGUCAAGCCGUACUACGAGCCAAUAGUGUCUUCUGCCAGCGAUAUCUGGGAGAUUGAGCUCGAGCCUGUGUACCGCAAGACUCGUCCACUCGCCGAGAAGCUUUACCGACAGGGGUCUGCAUUCGCCGUUCACACUGCUCUGCCGCAAGCUCAGUUCGUUGGUAAUACUGUGUGGACAUUCUGGUCUCGUCAGAUCUGGCCAAGACUCGCCAUUCUGUAUGGCGAGAAUGUCGAGCCACAACUACUGCGCAUCACCGAGCGUCUUGGCCGCUAUAAGGACGGCAAGAAGCUGGAAGCCGAGAUCAACAGCAUGGAGACCUCGUCGAAGCUGUCGAAAGCCUCAGUCCACGCCUCAUCCUCUGCCUCUUCGCUCUCCUCGACCCUGAAAGAAGCCACUGCAAGCCCAUCGUCUGCUGCAAGCGCCGCCGCAUCUUCUGCCUCCUCCUCGAUCGUCGAUGCCACGCCCGACCCCAAGGCUCAAUUUCAGGAGGAUCUCAAGAGCUGGGAGACAAUCUCGGGUACUGCCGUGCAAGAGGGAGCUGAUGAUCUCAAGGAGCGCAUCAAGGAGAUCUCGGAUCGUCAGGUCUCGAGUGGUCAUAGCCUUGGCGAGGCUUUGGUUGUGCAACUGGAGCAGACCGCCGAAGCCGCCAUCAACAGCGUGAAAGCCAACAUCCGACAGCUUGUUGGUCGCGUCCCAGAAGACGCUACCACUGAGCAAGUCGAGGAGGCCAAAGAAGACCUCGUGCAAGGUCUUCGCGCUGCUGGGCAAAAUGUGAAGCAACGUGCGCAGGCUGUCCGCGAGUGGAAGCAGUCGCACCAAGCAGAGACGGUGUCUCUAGUGGAGAAAGCAUUGCAGUCCACACUUGAGACCAUUGACAGCAUUCGCGAGAUCCGCCUCUCUGAGAUUGGUCGCAAGUACGCCUCGUCGUCGCUACCACACAAGGAAUGGGCCAAAUACAACGACUUGAAGAAAGCUACUCAGGCAUGGCGCGAUGAUGUCGAGAAAGACGCUCACGCUCAUGCUGGUAUCGUCGCUGCCAAAGCCACCAGCGAAGACAUUGAACAGCGCGCAAUGGCGAUUGCGGAAGAUGCCGCCAAAGAGCUUGUCCGUCUUAAGGAGGUGGGCAAGUGGAAGAUUGACGCUGCCGAUGACAGUGAUGACUUCAGCACCAAGUACAUCCCAGCUCCCGUCCGCAAGGCCAAGGAUCAGGUCGUCGAGAAGGCCGCUCAAGCUUCGCAAGCGGUCAUGGGUGAAGAGCCUGAGCAGGGCAACAUUGAAAGUGCGACUUCCGUUAUCGCCGAGCAGGCCUCGAAGCUUAGUUCCAGCGCUUCCGAGCAAGUCAUCGGGUCCUCCACGGGCUCUGUCGAAUCUGCCUCAAGCAAGGUUGCAAGCAAAGCAUCGAGCCUGUCUGAGCAGGUCGUUGGGUCUUCUACUGGAUCUGUCGAAUCCGCCGCAAGCAGAGCUUCCGAGACGGCAUCGAGCUUAUCGGACGACGUUGCGGCAUCAUUGAAGAGCGCUGCCAGCGCCGCUUCGGAGAAUGUCGUUGGAGGCGAGCAGCCGACUGUGGUCGUCGAAUAUGCAUCUAGCUUGUCAGACAAAGUCAUCGGAUCAUCUACUGGUUCUGUCGAGAGUGCCGCAAGCAAGGCUUCUGAGAAGAUCAUUGGAACAGAAUCCGGCCUUUCCGACAGUCUGACAGAUGCUGCAUCAAGCUUGUCUUCGCAAGUCGCUGGCACGCCGUCCACCAAGAGUGCUGCUGCGAAGCUCUCCAGCAUCCUUUCCUCCCAGAAGGAGAACGCCAAAUCGGCAGCCAGUGACGUGUCCAGCAGUGGUUCAUCGAUCGUCAAGAGCGCAACUGGUGCUCCACCAAUCGCAUCACAGGCAUCUUCCAGCGCUUCCUCCCUUGCCAGUGCAGCUUCGUCAAGCAUCUCAUCGGCAUCCAGCUCGAUAGCUUCGGCCGUUCCUGACUCUGAAGAGAUCGCCGACGCCGCUGACUCGAUCGCGAGUCAAGCAACCAAGAAGGUUUGGGGUGGAGCUAUGGCCCAGGUGAUCGUCGAAGCGCGUGAGCCUAUUCUCGACGACGACAUUGUCGACACUGAUGACAGCUAUAGCGCCAGCAUUCAGUCCAUGGCCAGCGUGGCUGGGGACAACGUAAAUGCUCUUACACAGAUCGUGCAGGAUGCCAUCCACAGCGGUCUUGCAGGUGCUACAGCCACAAAAGGCACUGCAGAGAGCGUCACUAGCCUUGCUAGCGAGCAGUACCAAUCUGCAUUGGCUGCUGCCAGUAGCGCGAUCUAUGGCACGCAACCAAAUGCUGUGCAAAGUGGCAGCAGCCUGGCCAAGGAGCAGUACAACUCUGCGUUUACUGCCGCGUCGCACGCUAUCUACGGAACUCCUGUGACUGCUGCCCCACUGGCGGCAGCAAGCUCUGCAUACCAAUCCGCUCUGCUUCAGGCUUCCGCACAGUAUGACAACGCUGUCGUAUCUGCAAGCAGUCUCUGGCUGGACGGCCAAAAGGCAGCAAAGAGCGGCAGUGCUGAGAUGGAAAAGCAAUACUCGUCUGCAAUUACAGCUGCAUCUUAUGCCAUCUACGGUACACCAGUCGUCGCAGCGCCACUCGCACAUGCAAGCUCUGCUUACGAUUCUGCAACCAAGGAAGCGUUGCGCCAUUACGAUGCAGUCAAGUCGCGCGUCUCUGAACAAGUCUCUGGCAAACCAGAGCCUGUCCACCAGCAGAUGUAUUCCUCAGCAGAAUCUGCUUACUCCGCAGCUGUGGCAGCCGCCAGCUCAAAGCUCCAUGAUGCUGGCAUCGCGACGACUCAGAAGGCGUACGACAGCAUUUCUUCUGUCGCGUCUGCUCGUCUUGCUGAGGGUGUCAGCGCCGCCUCCGUCCAAUACGCCAGCGCGAGAAGCCUCGUUGGUGCUGAGCCCACUCCAGUCCAACAGCAGUAUCUGGCAUCAGCACAGAAAGCAUAUUACCAAGCUCUUGGUGCUGCUCACGGACGUUAUUCAGAAUUCGUUGAGGCGGCAUCAAGCCUCGUCUCACCAACUCCAACGGCUACUGGUGCUUUAGCGAGUAUCGAGAGCGCGCUAUCCGGCGCCAAUGCUGGCUAUAGCAGUGCUGUGGCUGAAGCGCGCAGUAGGUACUCGGUUUUGGUAGGAUAUGCAGAAAAGGCCGCCGAAGCACAGGGACUCAAGUCGAUUGACCCUUCGAUGAUGGAUAACCUCAACGGACAACUAGCGGAUGGCGUAGCUAUCGCGCAGUCGAAGCUUGCUCGUGCAUCCUCGGAUAUUUCAGCUGCGGUACUUGGCCAGCAGCCCACCGGCGUCGAGUCGGUCGCAUCACAGGCAUCACAGACCGCUGAGUCCAUUGCAUCUCGUGCUUCGGCGAAUUGGGAUGCCCUUAUCUCGAAGGCAAGCCAGCAAGUUUACGGCGCUCCAUUGCCAUUCACAGAUUCUAUCGCCAGCCGUGCCAACGAGUAUGCUGCGCAGGCCACAGUAGCAGCCGCAGCCCAAUGGGACGCCGUACAGAGUGUCUUCGACGAGCUGGUCGUCGGCAAAGAGCCCGACUUCGCCGCCAGCAUCUACAGCAGACUUCAAUCCGCAUACUCGACGGCUGCGCCUGCGCUGGCUUCGCAAGCCUCGAGUUAUGCAGGUGAGGCGUACUCUGCAGUCUCGGCCGUCUUUGUACCACCAACACAGGUUCCUGGCAUUCUCGAGCAGAUGCAAGGUCAGCUGAACCAAGCCGUCGAUGCCGCUAGCACCCAGGUCUACGGUACCACCAAGGGCACGAUCGAGCAAGCGACCGAGGCUGCCGCUAGCAUGGUCAGCGACGCCGCCUCUCAGGUGAGCCAAGCUGUCUACGGCAAAGACAGCAAUUAUGUACAGGCAGCACAGGCAAGCUUCACGGCGAUAGGUGCGUCCGCAUCGUCUGCGAUCUACGCUGCCAUCUACGGUACCGGUCCGACUGGUACUGCGGCUUCUGUCGGUUCCAGCGCAUCGAGUGCCGCAGCUAGUGUGUACAGCUCGAUUGCCUCCCGGGCUGAGCAGCAAGCGUCUGCAGCCAGUGCAUCAGUCAGCAAAGCUAUCUAUGGAGAAGAGCAGACAUAUCUUGAAGGUGUCCAAAGUCAACUUUCUGCUGCCGUCGCCAGCGCAAACAGCCGCCUAUCCGAGUUUGGCGUUCACGCCAGCAGGUAUGCAGGCGAUGCAGCUGCUCAAGUGAGCUCCGCCCUAGGAGAUGCCGCCAGUGCCGCUAGCUCGGUCGCGAACGAGGCAGCCAGCAGCGUCAGCUCAGCCGCCAGCCAGGUCACCAGGUCGCACGAUGAGCUCUAG